AUGUCGCGUCGACGUAAACAGAACAAAUCUGCUUCUGACGACGACCUGUCUCACUUUGAUGACGACGCUUAUCAGAGCGAUGCCAGUACUGCAACAACAGCGACUAUUGCGUCGACGGCAUAUCAACAAUAUUCCAAUUCCCGCCCUGUUCGGCAGAAUCUGACGUCUCAUCCCAACUCGGUUCAUUUUACGAUUCCCAACAGACCUACCCGAGUCGGGAUUAAUCAGGAUAGUCAGGCAAAUCAGUCUGAUGAGGCAAAGAACGAGGAUCAAGCUGAUGAACAGAAUGCGGGCGAAACGUUCUUUCUCGGACGGAAAUAUCUCUUAACACGCAAGCGUGUAGUGUUCUCGGCUGGGUUGAUACUUGGCUUGAUCAUUGCAUGGAUGUCUAUGGAACCUACAACCGUUAAUCAAUUCUCAACAAUAUUUCAGGAUUUGGAUCUGAGCAGCAUUCUACCCGCUAAUAUACUAGUCGAUGAGAUAAUAGGAAAUAUGACAAUGUUUUUGAAACCAAAUAUUCUUGCUGAUACCGAAUUCAUGCCUGGAAUGCAAUUGGCUGAAGCAGGAAUAAGUGCAGAGUUUCCGGUAGUAUUAAUACCAGGGAUUGUAUCCACUGGAUUGGAAAGUUGGAGCACGGCAACCUGUUCCCAAAAGUACUUUAGAAGACGAAUGUGGGGGACAACGACAAUGUUUAGGGCAGUUUUGUUGGACAAAGAAUGCUGGACACAUCAUAUGAAGCUCGAUGCCGUGACCGGACUCGAUCCACCCGACGUCAAAUUACGAGCUGCUCAAGGAAAGAUGAUUCAGAAUUUUGCAGCAAUUGGAUACGAUUCCAAUAAUAUGAACUUGGCGGCAUACGAUUGGCGGCUAUCUUUUUAUAACCUUGAAGUGCGUGACAAAUAUUUCUCUAAACUGAAAUCAACGCUUGAACUUGCAAAAAAUAGUGAUGGAAAGAAGAGCGUGCUUGUUAGUCAUUCUAUGGGUUCGAUGGUCACUUUGUAUUUCUUCAAAUGGGUAGAAUCCUCGUUGGGCGGAAAUGGUGGACCCAAUUGGGUUAAUGACCAUGUUGAGGCAUUUGUCAACAUCGGCGGGCCCUUGUUGGGGCUGCCUAAGGCGUUAUCAGCUCUUUUAUCAGGUGAAAUGCGGGACACGGUAGAGCUUGGUGCGUUUGGUAUCUACGUUCUUGAACGCUUCUUUUCUCGUCGCGAGCGCGCAGAAAUUUUCCGCACCUGGGGUGGUCUUUCCUCAAUGCUCCCUAAAGGCGGUGAAGGCAUAUGGGGCAAUACAACCCAUGCGCCUGAUGAUCGCUCUUAUGGUUCUCGCUCAGAAUCCUAUGGUCCCAUGCUCACAUUCCGCUCUGUUCCGCGUAACAGUAACAACAGCAAAUCGAGUGAGAACAAAAGCGGGCCGCAAUUGGUACAUAAACAUACGUGCAAUAGUGGAGUUACGUUUUUGAAACAGAACACGGAUAAACUAUUUAAUGACAUGUUGGCAAGAAAUUAUAGCUUUGGCGUUGCUACACAAAAAAGUGAGUUUAGAGAAGCUUGGGAUCAUACCAAAUGGACAAAUCCACUAGAAUCCACUUUGCCAUAUGCACCUGAUAUGAAGAUAUAUUGUCUUUAUGGAUGGGGAAAGGAAACAGAACGCAGAUAUUAUUAUUCGCACGAGAAUGAUGGUGAUGAGAACGGUGACUGUGAGGAAUGUGCGACUGAAGCUGUUGACGACGACGACAACGAGAAAAAACACAGAAUCAAAGAGGGUUUGGAGGUCUUGAGAAAUAUCUUUAUAGACAGUUCCAUUAAUGUUGAUACCGAAGGCUUGAAAAGCGGAGUGCACAAUGGAGAAGGAGAUGGAACAGUGCCUUUAAUAUCUCUGGGUUACAUGUGUGUCAAAGGAUGGAAGGACAGUCUUUACAAUCCUGCCGGCAUUAAAGUAAUCACGCGAGAGUAUUAUCACGAAACAGCAACAUUCGAUCUCCGAGGAGGGUCGAAAACGGCUGAUCAUGUGGAUAUACUUGGAAAUUAUGCUGUAACGGAGGACGUGCUCAAAGUUGCAUCAGGCGCCGGGGAUAGGUUAACCGAUCGAUUCCACUCUAAUAUACUUGAAUAUGCAGAGAGGGUAGAACUAUCAUGA